AUGAGGAGAAAGAGAAAAGGAAAAAUCCAAAAACGAAUGAGAGCUGAUGUGGGAAAACAGAAUGACAUGGAACAGUUUUGUAUAAAUUGGGCAAAUGAAAGUUUACAACGAUUGAACCUAUACGACCGUCUCUCUUCCGAAGGAGUUACCACACCAAAUCGACCGUUCAUCUCUCCUUCCUCUCGCGUUCUUUCCGUCCUUCAAGGUCGGCCUCAAUCCCUUGGUGGAGAGAAUCAAAAUCAAUCACGAGGUGAAAAUCAGAAUCAAUACCUUGAUCAAGGUAUCAAAACAUCAGGUGAAAGGCAGAACCAAAAUCAAUCAGAUUAUUCCCUCCUUUCGUCUAAAUCCCAAACCCAAACCCAAACUCGUUCUUAUUCUAGAGGAAUAAUCCAAGCUAUCAAUGACGCUUCGAAGACGUUACCUUCCCCUGAAUCAAUCCUUCGUCUUUCAAAAGAUUUACAAUUCAUAUCAUCAUCAUCAUCAACAACAACAACAACAUCAACCCACAACAAAGGCUCUUUUCCCAUUCCGACAGUACAUAACGGUGCUCCCCCCGUUUUGAUCGUAGAUAAAGAUCCAUCCACCUUUCAAUUCACAUUAAAUCAUUACGCUUCUCCGGUGGUAUAUGAUUAUAAAGAUUGGAUAAGGAAAAAUCGUAAUCUUGGUAUACCUUUUGAUUUGGAAAAUGCUUUGAAUCAAAGUUUCACCCCGAACGAUCAAAGUCAAAGUCACAAUGAUCAUGUCAAUUCCAACUUCAACUCGACCAAUAUCUCUAAUCGCCAUCCAACGAAAACAAAAACACUUUGUUCCAUUUACGCGACGGAUAUCAAUAACAUCAUCAACCUUAUACAUGAUGCGGGUGAUGGUAAUGUUCAGUUUGUAAGAUGUAUAAAACCUACGAGAUUCAUUGGGAAAAAUUCACGAGGGACCAAGAUCAUGGAUCAAGUGGAAAGGGAAAGGGAAAGGGAAAUGGAAAAACCGAUUCAUUCUUCGGGAAACACCCAACGUUCCGAUUCACCUUUGGGUCCUUUUUGGGAUGAAAAUUAUAUCCAACAACAAUUAAACGCAUACGGACUCUUGUCCACAUUGAGAUUGAUCAGAGAUUCGUGGACCCAACAUGUGGAUAUAGAACAACUUGAGAAAGAUUUAGAAAGUGAGGAUUUGGCAGAGACGCUGAGAGGUUUGGAUCCGGGUGGGGAAGAGUAUAGGAUGGGAAGGAAUAGGGUCUUUUUGAAAUUGGGGUUUAAAAAGGUUUUGGAUGAGGCGAUCGAGAUGAAAAGGGUCGAGAAAGAGAAGGAAAGGGAGUUGGAGAAGGAAAGGGUCGGAAAGGAAAGGGAAAUGGAGAAGGAAAAGGAAAAGGAAAAGGAAAAGGAAAAGGAAAAGGAAAAGGGUUCAGAAGAGAUGAAAUUAAAACGAAUGGAAAUUUCCCCUCCACCUUUCCAGAGAGCAGAAGAACAUGUCUAUGGAAACGAAAUACAUUCAAUUCAAUACGAAUCCUCCUCGUCCUCCUCCUCCGACGAAGACCAAGUCCGACUUGGGUUCGAUGUAAUACAAAACAACUCCUAUUCAUCUUGUUCUUCUCCUUCCGAAGAUGAUACUUUCAAUGUUCAAUUUCAACCUGGAAAUGAUAAUACAUACAUUACCCCACACUCAUACCCAGACAGUGACGAUGACACGGAUGACGAAAACGAUAACGAUAACGAAAAAGAUAUCACAAUUUUAUCACCACCGGAUGUUGAAGAAACCACAAAUUUUUCACUCCAACUACAUCGACCCAAUGACCAUGAAACCUUCCUCGAAUCUCCCAUGGAUGCCACGACAAAAAUGAGAAUCUCUUUCAAGGUGUUAUCUCGUUUGAUAACGUUCACACCUGCCAAGAAAGACGUUUGGAGGGGUUUCGUACCGUACAGGAUCGUUUUUAAAUUAUGUCAGCGUUGGGUAGACGAUUAUUCCGACUACGAUUCCGAUCCAUUGAAAAACCCAAUCAUUCAAGAAGGUCUCAAAGAUGUUUUGAGAGCAUGUUCUGAUCGAUUGUCCGACUUUCAUUUUCACAAACAUGAUCAGACUUACGCCCUUGUUGAUGAUGGAUGGUUGGAAGAUAUUGAUGAGUUGACUUUACAAUUGGGUUUUUUCGAAUCCAUCUGGCAAAUUAGAUGUUUGAUUCUUGAUGAAGAAUUGGACGGGGUGUGGAUGUUUGGUUCGGGUUCAGGUUCAGGUUCAGGUUUAGGUUUAGGUUCGGAUAGAGAAAAUGUGGAUAGUAUAAAAGGAAAAACAUUAUCAACCUAUAUCCCUUUGAUCGAAAAAAUGAAGAAAAAACAAAAUAUCGUCAAAGACUAUCACAACGAAGAAGUUGAAAACCAAUCUUCAUCUGAACUCGUCCUCUUCCCCAUCAUACAAACUUCAGGAUUCAUCAUCAUCUUUACAUCCAUCAUGCUCUAUUCAACAUCAAAAUUUCAAACCUUUGUCCGUUCCCUGGAGACGGAUUUCAGAUCGGGCAGAUCCGUGUCAAGGGACCAAUUUGGGAAAUGUUUAUGGAAUCAUUUGGAAAGUGUCAGAGGUUUGGUUAGAACUUUUCAUCCUUUUAGGAAAGGUACCGUUACCUUUUCGGCUUCUCGAGUUGGCAUGGGAUCUUCCGUUCGAGUUGGCACGGGAUUCUCCGUUUUGGAUUCUCGAUAUGGAGCCGGCAAGGGAUUUUCGAGUGAGAAAGAGGAAGAUCUCGUUGAUCUUGGUCCUGGUCUCGAUAAAACAUCAAUGUCGGGAGAUGGAGGAGAACAAAAUUUGAUUGGGAUAGUCGAACAGAUUAUUUAUAUUGGAUUAAUCAUCGAUUUAGCUGUCUUACUCGAAAGACCCAAAGUCGUCUUGUUGGAUUAUACCAAUGACCAAAUCCGUCGAUUCGUUUCUUCUCCCAGAGGACAUCCAAAAGUAUGGCUCAAAACCCGACUUUCCAAAAUCCCUCCUCACCUCGUCAAUUUGUGCGAUUGGAUAUUGUCUACCGAAUUGAAAAGUUUGAAAACGACAGAGGAAUUACAUCGACUUGUUUUAUCUUACGCAUCAAGUUUAUCUUUUUCCUCUCCUCCGACUUUAUCUUCAUCAUCAUCAUCAUCUUCUACACCUACACCGAUAAUCGGGUUAUGGAAAAUGAUGGAAUCGUUUUUCGAUCUUCAUCCUUACCCCUUAUUCUUUCCUCUGUUGAACCAACAUACAUUUGAUAAAUACGAAUAUAUUCGACAUGUCUCGGAAACCAACAGGACGAUUGAUACUUUUUGGUUUGACAAAGAAUCCAUCUCUGGCUCAGGGGUCAUCUCCAGGUUACCCAUCGAUCGGAUGGAUCCUUCAUCCUCAUCGGCUUUACCACGGGUUCAAGCUAUCACGGGUAAAAAGGCAUUAGCAUUUUGGGGAGGACAAGGUGAUGGGGAGAUGGAAUGGGAGGUUUUCAAUCAGAUUCUAAUGUAG